UUCAGUAUUCACUGGUUACGAGACCCGGGACCAGCAUACUAAUACUUGAAUGACCCCCGCUGCCACCCACCCAGACAGCCGGGAUCGGCCCAAAGGUUGCGAAAUAAGGUUUACAUCUGGCGAUCUGGUUUGAGUUCUCCAGAUGGAGGAAGAUUUCGAGUUCGCUGAUAAGGUUCCUCCCUCUUUUGAGCGCAUGGGUAAUGUGAUCAAGGAUGCUGAUGCCAAAGGAUUUAACCCAGGUUUGAUAGUCCUGCUUCUUGUUGUCGGUCUGCUAUUGGUUUUCCUAGUUGGGAACUAUGCACUCUAUGUGUAUGCUCAGAAGACCCUUCCACCAAGAAAGAAGAAGCCUGUAUCCAAGAAGAAGAUGAAAAGGGAGAGGCUCAAGCAAGGUGUCUCAGCUCCAGGAGAGUAAUUGAGUAGUCUUAGGGCUAUUUAUUUUCAUUUCCUCUUAUGUUGAGCUAUUACAAUGAGAUUUUCCUCUUCUUGAUGCCCAUUGGCGUUUGAAGACAAUAUUGCUUGGGUCUUGAGUCACUUUUGAUGGACAUCUAGUUGAUUUUGGAUUAAAACCCUAGGUCCGGGAGUUUAAAUUAUAUGGUUGUCAUGAAAAAUUCAGUUAAUGUGCUUCCCUUUAUAUGGUAA